AUGGAAAAUACUUACUUCUUAUUAAUCAAGCAGAAAUGUCGUCCUAUUAAAGGUCAACCAUUAGAAUUAUCAUUAUUUAGAAAUUUAUUAGAUUAUUGCUUUUAUCUUAAUCCAAAUGCAGGAAAAUUAACUUCACUUCUCAACAUAAGUAUUGAUAAAUAUGAAGAAGAAUUUACUAAAAAAAUAUUGUGA